AUGAUGAAGUGGGAAUCUAAAUUCAAACAAAAAGAUUUUGAUGUUUCUGCUUCUGAUGAAUUCAAUAAAAAAGCAGAAAUCGCUACUAAAAAAAUUGCGGCAGAAUUUUUCGAGUGGUGGACUGGGUUAGGUAACGAAGAAUAUAAAAGCGAAAUUAGACGUCCAGAAGACAUUGAGGAUUUAUUUCAGGUUUGGUUUGAUGAACAUGCAUCUCAAGGUUUAAGACUCGAGCUAAAAACCCUUCCUUGCGUCAAUCAAAGUAUUGCUGAUUAUGUUGGCGUGCCAAAGGCUUCAUGUCAAAAUUUUCUGAAAAGGCAAAUAGCGUCUGACAUUCGAGCAGAAAGUAGUCCAGCUCAUACAAAAGCAUUUGGUAAAUGUCUGCCACAAAAACUGAAGCACAUUCCUCCGCGAAACAACACUAAGAACAUUUGGCAUGGCGUAAAGAUACCAGAAGAUCUUCGAUCUUCAUGCGUAUGGGGAGAAAUACAGCAUCUAACUUCAACUAAAACCUUUUAUAAGUGGUUAAAAAUGCGACAUUACUUACCAAUGCCACCGUACUUUAAAACAAUGGAUAGUCAUGGUGAAAAGAAGUUGUUUGUAGUGCCAUCAGACUAUGUGGUCCAACAGAAGUCGUCGACAUCCAUAACGCAAGAGUUGGCGUUCCCGGUUUCAGAAUUUAAUUUAGAACUGAAGGAAGAAUUGAGCAAAAUUUUAUAUGAUUAA